AUGCCCGCGGGACCGUUCGCGUCCAGCGUCGGCGUCGGAAGAGCCGAGCCGGAGUGGGCGGCGCUGAACAAAGUCACCGGCGUGUGCGGCGACUUUGCCCGGCGCAUCUCUCCGCCCAGGGUCCCUCGCGUUCAAUCCUCGCCCUCGACGCCUUUCAACUCCACCCCUGACGUCUAUGAACUCCACCCCGACAUCAUCGCUUCGUAUGGAACGGCCCUCAGCGGCGCGGUCCUCGCGGAGCGAUGCAGCGCCGAGCUCGGGAUGACCUCCGUCAUCAUCGACAAGCGAGAUCACAUCGGCGGGAACUGCUACGAUUACGUCACGGAGGACGGCAUCCGCGCGUCCAAGUACGGCGCGCACCUGUUCCACACCCAACACGCGCGCGUCUGGGAGUACGUCCAGCGAUUCUCGGAGUGGAUCCCGUUCGACCACCGCGUGAAAGGCCGCGUCCCGGUCCCGGGCGCGGGCCCCGCGGGCGAUAAGAAGCUCGUCCCGAUCCCGCCGACGCAAGAGACGGUGAACGCGCUCUUCGACGCGGGGGUGCGCGACGAGGACGCGAUGGCGAGGUGGUACGAGUCCGAACGCGUGGCGCCGGCGCACGGAGGCGAGCCCGCGAACGGCGAAGAAGCCGCGUUGUCGCGCGUCGGGCCGCGACUGUACGAGGUCAUAUUCAAGCACUACACGAAGAAGCAGUGGGAUAAGUACCCGGAGGAGCUAGACGCGAGCGUGCUGAUGCGACUGCCGUGCCGGACGAGCACGGACGAUCGGUACUUUGGCGACGCGUGGCAGGCGUUGCCCGCGCGCGGGUACACGCGGCUGUUUGAAAACAUGCUGCUCGACGAUCCGAACGUGACGAUCCGUCUCGACUGCGAUUUCUUCGCGCACAGAGAAAAAGGGACGCUGCCGAAGCAUAAGCUGCUCGUGUACACCGGUCAGAUUGACUCGUACUACGCCGCGCUCGGGAUGCCGAAGCUCGAGUACCGGUCGCUGCGGUUCGAAGAGGAGUUCGUCGACGCGCCCGACGGCGGGUUUUUCCAAGAGGCGAUGGUGGUCAACUAUCCCAGCGCGGACGUCCCGUUCACGCGCGUGGUGGAGUACAAACACACGCCGAACCAGCCCAAUAAGAUCAAGAAAGGCGCGGUGAGAGGCAGUCUCAUCGCGAGGGAGUACUCGUGCGCGGACGGCGAGCCGUACUACCCCGUGCCCAACCCGGAGAACCGCGCGUUGUAUGAAAAGUACGCCGCGCUCGCGGCGAAGGAGCCGGGCGUCGCGUUCGUGGGGCGGCUCGCGAGCUACAAGUACUUCAACAUGGACCAGGCCAUUUUGAACGCGCUGGAGAUGUUCGAUAACUUGAAGGAGACCGGGACGCUCGCGCCGAAGCGACGGCCGGAGGAUUUCGGGCCGGGGGACGGGCCGAAGUGA